AUAUAUGUAAAUAAUCUGCUCAACUACACUACAGACACUCAGUAUUUGUUUUCAACCUGACUCUGAGCAGACAGACAGUUGUGAACUUGUGUACUUUGCUCCGUUCCGCUGUUCAGUAAACAGUUGUUCGCCUGACAGACCCAGCAGCAGCAGGUAACGCUUUUCUGUCACAUAAAUCUUCUGAGGCUUGUAAGAUUUUUAAAAGCAUUUCAAACUCAGAAUGGCAAACCGAUCAGCUGUGAAAUUGAACUCCAGUCAACCAGAUUUUCUACAGUUCAACGACCUGGCCUGUGAGACUGUCGGAGGAAAGGUGAUUUUUGCCACUGAUGAGUGGUUUGCCCCUGCUCUGAACCUUGUAAAGAAAGGGCCUCCUGAGUUUAUAGCCUCAGCUUUCACUGAGUUUGGCAAAUGGAUGGACGGUUGGGAAACAAGGAGAAAGAGAAUUCCAGGUCAUGAUUGGUGCAUUGUGGAGCUGGGAGUGCCUGGUGUCAUUUAUGGAUUUGAUGUGGACACAUCGUACUUCACAGGAAACUACGCACCCUCCAUUUCCAUUCAGGCUGCUUGUCUCGACAAGCUGCCUUUGCCGUCUUUAUGUCUUGAUGGAGACCGUACAGGAAUGGCUGCUUCAGAGAGCCAGUUUAAAGCUGUAUCAGAGCUUCACUCAGAGAACUGGGAGGAGAUUGUAGCAGUGACAAAGCUGAAGCCUGGAUACGCCGAUUCAUGCCAUAACUACUUCAGUGUGAACUUCCCCCGCAGAGUCACCCACAUUCGACUGAACAUGUAUCCUGAUGGAGGUAUUGCAAGACUGCGGGUGUAUGGCAUUGGUCAGAGAGACUGGUCCUCUGCACCCAGUCAAGAGGAGGUGGAUCUUGUUGCCCUGGUUAAUGGAGGAGUGUGUGUAGGCUACAGUGAUGCACAUUUUGGACACCCACGCAACAUGAUCGGUUUAGGAAGGGGUGACAACAUGGCUGAUGGGUGGGAAACAGCUCGACGCUUGGAUCGUCCCAAAGUGUUAAAAGUGGACAAGAGAGGCAUCUUGCAGGUCCCUGGUUUUGAGUGGGCCAUCUUCAGACUUGGGCAUCUUGGUGUGAUCAACAGAAUUGAGAUAGACACCAAUCAUUUCAAAGGUAAUUUCCCUGAUUCAUGUCAAAUUGAGGCCUGCCAGUUAACUCCAGAACAGGAACAGACCUUUAUGAGCCGCAGGUGGAGCAAUAGCAACGGCCCCAUCUGGAGAAAGCUUCUUCCUCCUCAGAAACUCAAGCCUCACUACAGGCACUUCUAUUCUGGAGACUCUGUGCUGAAAUGUGGGUCUGUUACUCACGUGCGGGUGCUGAUAGCUCCUGAUGGAGGGGUCAGUCGGCUCAGGCUGUGGGGUCAGCCAAUUUUCAGUGGCUCAGGCAAUCCUUACACAGCCUCAAAACUGUAACCUGAUCAUGUGUGUUAAGAAAAAGGUACAGUAAGUCCAUAGUAGGCGUGGACAAGGUAAAAAACAUUAAACUGUACAGAACAAUAUAUAAAAAUAUAUUUUUUGGAAAUGUUGAAACAUUUAAUAAAAUUCAAUACGGACAUUGCAUUGGUGAAUCAAACUUUUAUAAUUUCCUCACCUCAGUGCUGUUUGUGAAGAUAAGGGCUCUUAUGCAACUAAACAACUAACUCUAUUCGUCUAUUUAUAUGGGUAGUUAUAGAAAAUUAACCCUGCAUUCAUUUAAAGCAAUUUUAAAUAGGCUUUGAAAUUCAUUGUGAAUUUAUGGGAAUACUUAAUUGACAAAAACACAUAACACCUGUUUAACAUAUAAAUACAUAUAAUAAACACAUAAUAGUAUAAACAGUAUUUCUAUAAACAUGAUAUAGAAGUAAAUUCCUUAGUUAUAUUUUCAUAAGACUCUCUUUAUUUUACCUGUAUUGGGCCAAAGGAUAAAAAAAAAACACCAACAUCAAAAAAACUAUGUAACUUUGGGGCCCCCUGGUGGUACAAUGCCUUACCUGUUACCAAGUCAUCUGUUUUGUUCUGUCAGAUGAAUAAACAGUUUGUGGUUCAA